AUGAACAACGCUUCAAGCGCGUCGGGAGACGAGCAUAUGCUCGAUCAGACAGACGCAUUCAAUAUCUUCUCGGGCGACUUCAAUGACUUGCUCUCCACCCUCUCAAACACCUCACACAAUCAGACUCAGCCGGCAUCAGUUCCAUUGGCUCAACCUUUGUCUACUAAUGAAUGGGACUGGCCUGUUGAUGGCGUAGGCAACGAUGUGCACAUGUCUGCAUCCUUGCCUUCACAGCCAGAUACCAGUGCUGCAAUUUCUUUCAACGAAGUCGAUAUAAACGCAAUAUCUUUCAUGAACGAGCUACUUAGUCUUGAUCCGUCACUCUUCUCCUACGACGCGCUCUGCGCGGUCAGACAAAUACCACCUAGUUCUGUAGCGCCUGCGGAUCCAAUGCCUCUGUCCUCAUCUGAAGCGAAGGACUGUGUGCAGAACAUGAUGCAUCCGACGAAUAUGGAUGGCUCAUCUUCAUCCUCCGCCUCCCUCUUGACACCUUCGCCUGGAAUGGAAUACAUGAUGACGUCACCAGAACCAGGACCUGGACAUUUACAUCUACAACACGCCACCUCUCCUCAGACGGCAGUGCAUAGUGCCACCAAUUCCGAAAUAAAGAAACUCUCUACGAGAGCAAGGGAGAUCGUUGGUCUUACGGUAGAUACAUCUGAGCAAACACAUUUCAAUAAGCUGCCGAUUCCACGUCUACAUCCUGCGAAAUCCGACACUGGAAGUCGCCAACCGUCUGUUUCGUCUUCCGCAGGGCAAGCAGCGGCGUCGCCUUCGUCGUCAACUUCCGCAAAUCCGCGCCCAAAACUUACCCAUUGUGCCGUUGAGCGCCGAUACCGAACUAACAUGAGGGAGAAUCUUAAGAACCUACGUAGCGUUGUCCCAGCGUUGCGAGUACUGGAACUGAAACCUGGAAACCGUAUCAGCAAUCUUUCCUUAAAGCCAGGAACACGACGCAUUGGUGGAGAUGCGGAUGCGGGCGUGGACACGCGUCCCGAAGAUGUCGAUGUCGUUGACGAACGCGGGUUCAUCGACGGCGUAAAGGUUGCACGAAAUGGUAGCAAGACGACAGCCAUCUUAAAGACAAUCGAAUAUGUUCGCGUACUUAAACGCCGUGAAUUACGCUUGACGCGUGAACUGGAAGGAGUCAAGACUCUCGUACGGAGCUUCUCAAAUGGAGAGGAAGUUCUGCAGCGUUGGGAGGCAAUGUGGCGGGAAAAGUUCGGCGGUCCGGAGAAGGACGAACUGGAAGCGGAUGAGAAGCAGGCGAGCAAGAGCGGCAAGGAAGAUGAGAACGACGGAGACACCGAUAAUGCGGAGGAAGAGUCGGGCAUGUCAGGUCGCGAGAGUAGGAAGCGAAUAAAAACCAAUUCUUCGUCUUCUACUUCGACCAAGGGAAAGAGGGUCGGCGGAAAGACUGAGGCUUCAUCCCGUAGCCCAGCAAAGGCAACAGAGCGCGCAGCGUACGUGCCUAUAGCUCCUUCGCAACCGAUGGCUGCUUCAGCUCAGGCUCCGAGCGUUGCUGUUCCCGCACGCCCAGAAAAGAGGAAGCGAGGCCGACCGCGUAAGAAUCCGUUACCUCCAAUCCCCUCAUCAAGCAGCUCGGUACAGGAGACAUCGACUGCUCAGAAGCAGUCCGUGGCUGUUGUUUCUACGGCGAGAAAGGCAGGAGAGGUGGAAGAGUCAAAGCCUGAAGCCAAGCAGGACAUCCCAGCGUCGGAACGAGAGACUCAGUCUGGACAAUAUUUCCUUGCUGUUUUCGCCUUCCUUUCUUUCUUCAACUCGCAUCUACCCUUUCCUUCUACCUCGUCCGGCGUGCACAGAAAUUCUCCUUUCGCACAUUCGCAUCUAGGAACCGUUAUGGGCAUGCCACUGUUAGAAGGAAACGUCACAAGGAGCGACGAAUCGUUCAUGGCUACCGUUACUUUGAAUUGGCGCGACGUCUUGCAAUUGGUUCACUUGGCUUUCUCGGUGUUCCUGGUAUUUUCUGUUAUGCGUCAUCGGCUACUUCGUAUUGUCCGGCUACUUUCAAGACGCUCGUAUUCCGCAUUAUGUGAGCUGAGUGAUGUUGCAACUUCGCUAGCAGUGCCAUCAGAGACUAGUUCAGAACCUCCAAGUAGGGAAUACCAAGAUGUUGCGCUAAAGUUUCGUGAAGGCGCGAGGAAGCUCAGAAUGGAGUGCAAGGGUGGACUAGUUCGACCUGAAACGGAAGCACGGUACUUUCGCAAGGCUCUUGGUCUAAAGCGAGGGUUAAUGGGGUUGCUACUGACGGCCUUGCGCUUGGUCAAGUUCCCAGAAAAACAUGAAUACUGGAGGCUAGAAAGGAGGCUAUAUAUCCGCAUUGUAGAGCUUACGGUUAUGAACGUGGAUUCUACUUUAACGGAUCGCCUGCAAUUGUUUCUAGGCCUGUUCCUAUUCAGACAUGGUUGUUCAUCUUCUGCGACUGAAGUCGCCUCUUUUGCACUCGUGAUGCUACCCUUGUGGCGUUCCAGAGCGUUACAUUUAUGGGAAACUGCUCGCGCUCGCGCACAGGGCCGAAGCUCAUCCUUCUCGUACAUCUACAAGCCCUUCGAGAAGUUUGUUCUCGAAAGUAUGACCGUCGACGAGGCGGCGGAGAGGAUAUCGAGGUUGGACCGAAACGCAGCAGGUCGUGUCAUCUCGGUGAACGACAUGAGAGGGUGCAAUGGCGAGGAGAGUAAGCAUCGUGAAUAUGCGAGCCUUAUGGCAGCCCUCGCUAGGCAAGCGGUGCAGGAACAUAUUCGUACCAAGGCGGAGCGUGUACUGUUGCAGAUUAUUUCUGACGAGCGAGAGGACAGCACUUUGUCGACCGAAAACGAUAACGAGGAAUUUCACAGGGACUGUCUUCUUGCUGUCGGUCGUUCAUUAGAGCCUUGUACGAGAGCGCUCGUGGAGUUCUUCGACAAAGUCUGCAACUCGGAACUGCCAGAGUCUGACGCAACCCCUGAUGCAAGUAUCAAAGGCGAAGAAUCUGAUGCAUGGAGGAAUAUCUCAUUCGUGCAGGACGAGCUGCGGACGUUGUUGGAAGCUAUUGUACUGUAUCGACGUAUUUUCUCUGCCCAGAAGAUGGAGCUUACACAAGACGAUGGACCUGAAGAAGAUUUUGAGAGUGACAGCAGUGCGAAGGGUUUACCUCCGCAGGACACGUCGGAUCGCCUUGCAUUGAAAAAAUGCUUAGAGUCUGCGGCGUUUGAUCGCAGCGACGCGCUGAAGGAAGCUCGGAGCCGUCUUCUCGACGUGCUUGGGGAAUGAGUCGAUAGACAAGAGAGGGACAAUUGAUACCAGUUAAUUUAAUUUAUGGCUUGUCUUUCUUUGCCUUGUAUU